UUGCAUGUUGUUAAGCAAAUAUUUGGUUUUGUUUAUAUAUGUUUUUAAAGCUCUCACAUUUAGGAAGCCCACGUUUGUAAAUGUAUAGCUUGGUGAACUGGCAAAUUCAAUUAAGCACAAGCAAAUACCCGUUUCAUCUCGCGCUUAGGAAUUAUGGGGAUCCCCAUACUGUUUUUCCAUGCGUUUAUCUUUAAGCAGUAAUUGCGCUUAAAAUGUUAAAUACCGAGUGCAAGGCUGGCAUCGAAAUCGCAUCAAUGUGCAAGAUAUGAUGGGAAAUGUAAUUUAACUGCAUUCGGACAAUCGAGACCGUCGGUUUACAUUCAGCGACUACAUUUGAAUAUGCUAUGGGCGCUAUCCAAUGAACCAGGCUGUACAGGUGUCGGAAGAGAAGGUGGAAAUGGAAUUGCCAAAUCAUGCCAAACAAUUGCUGCUGCAGCUGAACCAGCAAAGAGCCAAAGGUUUCCUGUGUGACGUGAUCAUCGUGGUGGAGAACGCCCUCUUCCGGGCACACAAGAACAUCCUGGCGGCCAGCAGCAUCUACUUCAAGUCCCUCAUGCUCCACGACAACCUGAUCAACCUGGACACGGAGAUGGUGAACCCGUCCGUGUUCCGGCAGAUCCUGGACUUCAUCUACACGGGCAAGCUGCUGUCCUCGGAGCCGAGCAGCGAGCAGAACUUCACCGCCCUCCUGACGGCGGCCAGCUACCUCCAGCUGCACGACCUGGCGGCGCUCUGCAGGAAGAAACUCAAACGCAGCGGCAAACCCCUACCCGCCAAGCCCUGCACCCCCACCGGAGGGCGCCCUCUCCGCACCCAGAGGCUGUCCUCCAUGCCGCUGGUCCUCGCCCGCUUCUCGGGGGCGAAGGAGAGCGAAAAGAAGGAGCGGCGCGCCGAGCCGGCGAGCGACAGGCUGUCGGAUGAGGAGCACGGCGAGGGCGCGGGCCAGGCGGCCGGGGGGAGCAGCAACGGGAGCAGCGGGGGGAACCAGCAGCUAGGCCUGGACCUGUCCAAAAAGAGCCCCUCCGUCGGCACGGCGACCGACGAGGUGAGCCCCAACAGCAGCACCCCUCUGGAGUCCCCGCCCCGCUCCACAUCCACAGCCAACAGUGCCUCGUUCGAAGACCCCCAGCAGGGCGGCGACGCCGAGCCCAUGGACCUGGGGGAGGCGGGGGCGCAGGAGGAGCGCCAGGCCCUGCCAGGGCUGCGCAAGAGCUCCCGCCAGAUCGCCCGCAAGAAGGAGGGGGGCGAGGGGGGGGAGGACGCCGGCAAGGAGCCGGGCCGUCCCGUCCUGACCAACGGCCUCGGCCGGGGGGCCAAGAAGCCGCCGACGGGCGAGCAGCGGUCCAGCGGUGGCAGCUUCAGCUCGGACCGCUCCUUCCUGUGCAAGGAGGAAGAGGAGGAGGAGGACGAGGAAGGGGCAGAGAACGGGCGGGAGCACAGCGAGGACAGCGGGCAGAGUGAGGCGGAGGGCCGGGGGGGCGGCGGCAGGGCCGGCGGGGGCCGACGCCGGGCCGGCGCUAACUACGUGUUCCGGCAGGAGGGCUUUGAGCCGGCGCUGGGCGACAACCUGUACGUGUGCAUCCCCUGCGGCAAAGGCUUCCCCAGCUCGGAGCAGCUCAACGCCCACGUGGAGACGCACACCGAGGAGGAGCUCUACAUCAAGGAGGAGGACUCCUACGCCAAGGAGGCCACGGAGGCGGAGGACCUGUCCUCGCAGGCGGCCCCCCCCGCGGCAGCCUUCGGCGCCGGCUCCGAGCCCCGCCCCUUCAAGUGCACGGUGUGCAGCAAGAGCUACAAGGACCCGGCGACCCUGCGGCAGCACGAGAAGAGCCACUGGCUGACCCGGCCCUUCCCCUGCAACAUCUGCGGCAAGAUGUUCACGCAGCGCGGCACCAUGACCCGCCACAUGCGCAGCCACCUGGGCCUCAAGCCCUUCGCCUGCGAGGAGUGCGGCAUGCGCUUCACCCGCCAGUACCGCCUGACCGAGCACAUGCGCGUGCACUCGGGCGAGAAGCCCUACGAGUGCCAGCUCUGCGGCGGGAAGUUCACACAGCAGCGCAACCUGAUCAGCCACCUGCGCAUGCACACGUCCCCGUCAUAAAGCCAAAGACUCGCCAUAUCCCCUCUUUUCCCUUUUUCUUUUCUCUUUUCUCCAAAGCAUACGCGCUCAGUCGCGCGCCCUCUCUCCUUUUCCGCGAUGGAGACCCGGCGGCACACGCAGAAAUUCCUCAAACACCUCUCUGCCCGUGUGACACCCGUGCCGGUAGGUCACAUGACCCACAAGGCACAAAGAAGCUUAGGGGAAGACGGGCGUGGUCUCCCUUCUCUGCUGAAACUCCAGGGAUGAGUGGAGAAACCUGCAGUUUUAUUUUUACUACAUGCUGUGAAUGUUGACUGGGGUACUCAAACUGUGUCACGACCACUUGAGAUGACCAAAAACCCUAAACCCUUCCACCCCUUUCUCCAAAAAAAAGAAAAAAAGUCUAACCUUUUUCAAAAACGAGCCACAGUGAAAUAGGUAGACCAGUUUACUACCAACAGGUGUGGCUUCAAGUAGUGUGAGUAGUAGAAGGAAACAUAAAUGAAACUCUUCAGCAGACACCCGUGUGUUUGUUGGCGGUCGAACCGAAGCCAGACCUCUUGAACCGUAUGGCAGUUUUCCAGCAUGCAAGUAGGCAGUAGAAUCUUGUAGCCGUUUAUCCUGAAGGUAAGAAUGCACAAAGGACUGAACCUGUGUAUAAAGGAGAGAAACUGGGUAUGCCUAUGUAGCCUGGCCCAUUAAACUCAGUGGUCUGAAGGUUAGUUUAUUACCCCAACAUACACAGCUACCCUGCUUGUGGUCCUUUUAAUAGGAUUCUAGAGAAGGGGGUCUGAAACCGAUAUUAGGAUUAUUUUCAUUUAUAGUUCUUACGGUUAUUCCAGCAAAGGAAAAAAAUACAAAACAUAGUGGUACUUGUUUUAUUGAAAGAACUUGUAAUGUAUGUGAAUGUUUAAACUGGAAGUUAUAGGAAUAUUUCUUGUAGGGGUGGGGUGAAGGUAUUGUUUUGGGGGUGUUUUUUGAUAUAGUCUGGAGUAGGUACCAUUUUUUUGGGUUUGUAUAGCUUUUCCCCCUCACUUAAAAAAAGAAAAAAGACAAGUCUACAUGAAUAGGCUUGUAACCUUGCUACCUCUUAUCUUUAAGAACAAUACGCGGAUUCGUCUGAGAAUGUCGGAGGUGUCCUGAUUGUAAUUACAUGUAUAAAGUCUGUAGAGUUGCAUUUAACAUGAGGCUUUAAAACCUGCCCAUCUCUCAACAAAGGUUUUCAUGCUGUAUUUCUCGGGGGUUUACUGGUGAUCAUGGUUUUCUUGUCAAAGGAAAGGAUAGCUUUUUGGGCGCUGAGUAUUCGGGAGUCCCUCCUCAGAAACGUACUGUAACGUCCUUGCCUGGAGCCCACAGCUGAAAGCAGGUUAGUUUAUUUCUGAACUUCGUUCCAAAGAGAUGAUGAAUGUCAAGGAGCUGAUUAACAAAUACUAGAGAAGUCCAUAACCAAAGUUUAAAAAAAUAUGAGAGUAAAUAUACAGUGUAGCUGACUAAAUUAUUUUCUUCUCCUGUAAUUUUUAUGUUUUAAAAUUCUAUCCUAGACCAAGAACUCUGUAGUGGGGGGCUUUGAAUGUUAACUAAUUGCUGUAUUUUUCUGACCAAUGAAAGUCUGCGGAUUGCAAGUAAAACUUCUGCUGAUUGGUGGGCUGGUAAAAUUGUAAACUUUGCAGCUUCAGAAGUUUACAGUGUUCCCUCGGCAACAGUUUGUCUCAUUUCCCUUGUACUCUCACCUGUUCUCAACAGGGUGUUUUAUUUCAGUGCAGACCAAAAAAAAAAAAACAAAAACAAAAAAACUAAAGAAAAAAAGGUAAAAUUUAAAUGUAAUAAUGUGGAUUUAGGCUUGUAGAUUUGCUUGUUUUUUGUUGUUUUUUUGAUCAGAAUUGUGAAGCUUGUAUUGAAUGAGCGGUACACUGGACCAGAGAGGACAGAUUCUUUUGGGCUGUAUUAGCUACCCAUUUGAAAAUUGCUAUGGACUCAAACUGUCAAAUUAAAAACAAACAUUAAAUUAAUAAUUUUGAUAUAUAAUUCUAUAUUUAGUCAUGAUCUUAAAACGGUGGGCCCUCUCAUUGGUUGGUGUAAUGUUACUGGAUGAGGGUAACUGCUAUUAAAAAUGGAUUAUAAAAAUGGUGAAAUUCCCCAAAAGAACCAUUCACACAGAAUCCAGUGUGUCAUGUUCCCAGCAGGACUCUGCAGAAGGACCUUCAAUACAAGCCUUGUAGACAUUCCUCUAUGCUUGCUCAUAGUCAUGUUUUAUGUGAAAUGUGUAUCGGCAUCGCGAUGCGGCCACAGUCCUGAUUCUGUUGAGUGCAGACGGAGGCUGCUGCAUUCUGGGCUCCUGUCAGUCGCCAUCUUGGCUUUCCUGAAAGACUCUGUUCUUCUCCCCUUGUUUUGAGAGGAAAACUUUUGAGACAUUUGCUUUUCAUUUGAUUUUACAUUUAUAUAAAAAAACAACACGGCCUUAGUUAGUUCUGCUUCCACACACUUGGUUCCCUCUGCCUGCCUUCUCAUUUUGAAGUCAGAACUUUUGAGUCAUUGAUUCCAUUAUUUUAUUUUUACAAUUAUGGAGAGAAAAAAAUCAAUCUGCCCUUCAUUUAUUCCAGUACCAAACUCCCUGUUGCCUCCCCUUCAGUGUCAAGGGCACAUGUGGCCUGGGACAGGGGCUGUGCCCCCCCAGCCUGGUUUACAGGAAGCCCCCUCAGUCUGCUGCAUGUGGCGCUUUCCUCCCCCCCCCCCCUCCCCUUUUUGUUUUUAAGUAUUUAACGUUUGCGCUUCUCUAAUCAGUGCAGGGUCUGUUUUCCUCCAAACGCCCCCCUUCCAGGACAUUCAGGAGCCCAGGAUGCUUUCCCUCUCUACACCUGUGUGCACGUCAGCACUUAAUCAGUUCAGUGUAAUGUCUGUGAAGCAAAGGUGUAUUGUACAGUGAGAUCUACUGAUCUCUGCAAAGAUGUUGGCACUGCAGUUAAACUAAAGAAAGCAAGAAUGACAAAAGGAAAGCAAAAAAAAAAACAAAACAGGAAAAACACAAACUGUGACAGUACUACUACUCAAACUUCAGGGACGGUUUUGUGUCUUAGAACACAGGACUUUCAACUACAUUUGUACAA